AUGAUCAUGACGUGGAGGGUUUGGAGUCGAAUAUUGAGCCCAGCAGAGAGUACACUCCAGAGGAGAAAGAACACGAGGCAGCUGAAAUUGGGUAUAAGGUCAUCGGCCCACUUCAGAAAUCGGACCGGGUCUUCAAACCAUAUGAACCCGUUUUUGCCGUUGUUCAGAUUGGUUCUCACCAGUUUAAAGUGAGCAAUGGUGAUUCCAUUUUUACUGAGAAACUGAAGUUCUGCGAAGUUAAUGACAAGUUAAUACUAAACAAGGUUUUGCUGCUGGGCUCAACGACUCAGACAAUCAUUGGCAGGCCUAUAUUGCCGGAUGCAGCUGUUCAUGCUGUCGUUGAGGAGCAUGCAUUAGAUGCUAAAGUACUUAUAUUCAAGAAGAAGAGACGGAAGAAUUAUCGACGUACACGAGGACAUCGACAGGAAUUAACAAAAUUGAGGAUUACGGAUAUACAAGGUAUUGAGAAACCUGAAGUGGCACACCCUCUUAAAACAGAGAAGAAAGGUGUUAAGAAGAUGCCACAUGCGGUCGGGUGUUAAACUGGCAUGAGAUGGAGGGCAAUGAUUCUGUUGUAGGCUUAACAUAGUUGAAUCUUGAGGGUAUAUUCGGUUACAAGAACACAUCGCCUAUAAAGCUUAGAGAAUAAUAUUUUCUUGUAAAGGAGUAUGUCCGACACUCAAGUCAUUGGUGGUUUUUGUUUUCUUUGCUGGUUUGCCCUUUCCGUAUGUGUUGUCAUGUUGCACGGAUUCAGCUGUUGGACUAUGCAAAAUAUGGUGAGAUAUGAUCGGCUUUGAUUGGAUAUUUGGUUUUUGCAUUGCUUUGUAUAAAACAAUUUUUUGUAUAGGUAAAGAUAGGUUACCAUUGUUGAUUUCAUCUGAUAUAAAUGACUUGAUAAAGAUAUAGGCACAUUCCAA